UCAGUGGGAACGGGACGUGUCAUGAAGCCCAGCCCAUAACGCGAAGCCCCGCCCCAGCAAACGCCGCCAUUGGUGUCCAGGGCCUGGCACUGCAGGCUGUUACCGUGUCUCCGCUUGUCGCGUUAAGUUCAUCGCCCAGCCCUAUCUGCUGGGGCACGAUGAGGCUGCUGUUGGUCUGUCGCUCACUGCCAGCCUGGUUGAUAGGGUGGUCGUCCCGUGUCUGUGGGCGGCAGCCGGGCGCUCGGUGCGGUAGCAGCUGGCACCAGCCGAAGGGUUACCCCGCCGGCCUGCAGGUCUACAACAGUUUGACGCGGAGCAAGGAGCCUCUGGUGCUCGCCGAGCCGGCCAUUGCUUCCUGGUAUAGCUGUGGGCCAACAGUAUAUGAUCAAGCUCAUCUUGGACAUGCAAGUUCCUAUGUUCGAUUUGACAUCCUAAGAAGAAUACUGACCAAGACCUUUGGCAUCGAUGUCAUUAUGGUGAUGGUUAUCACAGAUAUUGAUGACAAAAUAAUUCAAAGGGCCAACGAGUUGAAUAUUUCGCCCACAGUACUUUCGUGCUUCUAUGAAGAGGAUUUCAAACAAGAUAUGGCAUGUUUAAAGGUCCUUCCACCCACUGUUUACUUGCGCGUGACUGAUAACAUUCCCCAGAUUGUGACAUUUAUAGAAAGAAUUAUUCACAAUGGCCAUGCGUAUUCUACCUCCACGGGAAAUGUGUAUUUUGACGUCCAGUCUAUCGGUAGUCAGUAUGGGAAGUUUGUUGGGAUAUGUGCUGACACAGCUGGAGAAACAACUGCUGGUGAUAAAAGGCACAUCAGAGACUUUGCUCUGUGGAAAGCAUCAAAGCCAAAUGAACCAUCUUGGAUAUCCCCAUGGGGUAAGGGUCGACCUGGCUGGCAUAUUGAGUGUUCCACCAUUGCAAGCUCUGUGUUUGGAAAUAAAUUGGACAUCCAUUCAGGUGGAAUAGACCUAGCGUUUCCCCAUCACGAGAAUGAGAUUGCUCAAUGUGAGGCCUACCACCAGUGUGAGCAAUGGGGCAACUACUUUUUACACUCAGGGCAUUUGCAUUUGAAAGGAAGUGAAGAAAAGAUGUCAAAAUCAUUGAAAAAUUACAUCACAAUCAAGAGUGCAUAUAUUAUCUUUGCAGUGCAAGAGCCUAGUGGGGUUGGAUGGGAGAGGUUCUCAAACUAA